CCAAGCUGCUACGCGCCCUAACCCAGAACAACAACAACAACAGCGAUAAAAAAUAAUAUUUCUAUGAACGCGCGACAAUUACGGGCUAUGCUAUCUUGAUCUAAUAAAUUAUAAACCAAUCUAAACGGAGUAUAACAAUGGAGGUGGAGCAGGACCAUAGUUUCCUGGGUCCGAUCACUUCCCUGUGUUGUCAUCUGACAGUCGGUCAGAAUCCGGCGGACGCACCAGCCAUCACCACUCAACAGCUUAAGAAGAUCAGGGCCAAUGCACUAAAUAAUAUUUUGUUCCCAGAUGCAUCUAAAAAUGCAGCCAGCGCGCCGGUCUCGGAGCUGUGCCGUCUGCACGGCGUCUGGUUUCUGCUCCACUCGGCUGGUCAGCAGGAGCCGGCCGCCCGGCUGCACGGCCUGCUGGAGAGGCUGGGAACCGACCCGCCGCCGGCCGUGCGGGCCGUGCUGCGACUGCUGCUGGCCCUCGCCGACCGUCGGCUGGGACAACAGCCGCCGCCGGCGCCGCUGGGACGCUUCGGCACGCGCGUCAGCUACGAGGCGCCAUGGCAGCGCGGCCCGCCCGUCUACAGUACCGAGUAUAUGGCGCCGGAGGAUUCGCGCCAUUUCAUGGAGUACCCGGCGCGCGCCUUUGCCGCCGACCCGCGCCUCCCGUCGGACGGCGCGCCGCCGGCGGGGCUGUUUGACCUGCCGCCCGGUCAGGGGGUCAACAUGUUCGGCCAGUCACUGCUCUCGGAGCCCGGAGGACCGCUAGGGGCGCUGGUACAGAGCCGCAGCACGGCCGGCCCUGGGGAGCGGCUCCGCCUGCCUCCCCUGCCGGCCGACCCGCGUCGCGUGCCGUUUGCGCCGGAGACCCUGAUCCGGGAGGCACCCACGACGGCCCUGUCCCGGUCCCGGCCCCGACAGAAGGGCGGGAGCAGGACGCCAGAGCGGGGAACGGAGACCCCUCUCCCGUCCGCCCGGAGCCCUUCACCGGCCGGCUCUGACGCCCCAGACAGCUGGGAGGCGGCGGCGCGCGGCCCGCCCACCAGCGGCCGGCUGUGCUGGGAGCAGCGCGGCCGGCGCCAGUACCGCCGCCAGCCGCCGCCGCUCACCCAGGCCGGCCCGGCGGCGGUUCCUCUGCUGCGGCGACUGCUGCUCAGCUGGGGAGGCGCCACCGUCACCGCCCCACAGCCGCUGCCGGUGGAGCAGCUGCUCGCCCAGCUGCGGCUCAUGAUGAUGGGACUGGACACGGAGAGUUUUCCGUAUGACCCGGCAGCCGGUACGUUCCGGGUGGCCGAUGGUCUCUGCACGGAGCGCUGCAGUCCGGAGGCGGUGGCGGCGCGCUGCGGCGCCUGGGUAAGCUGCGGUUCGCGCUGCCGCCGCGUGGCAGCGCUGGUGGCGGCCGGAGGGAGUGGAUGUCUCACGGAGCGGGCGUUCGCCACUGCUGUGGAGCCGUGUCUGCGAGGAUACCGCGCUGCGCUGGCGGAGGUUCGGGCGGACACACUCGCUGAGUUCGGCCGCCGUGUACGGCCGCUGGUCAGACUCAUGGCGCUGCUGGCCGAUGUGUGCUGCGUCACAACUAGUGAUUCGGAGCUGCCGCAAAAGAUGGCGCUGGUGUCGCACCUGUACGAGCGCCUGGUGGGGGCGUCUGAGCGCGCAGAGUGGGCUCUGACGGCACACCUGUUCAGAACCACUGUGGCGCCAUACCUGGGGUUCCUGACGGGCUGGCUGCUGGAGGGCGUCUGCCGGGACCCGUACGAUGAGUUCCCGGUCCGCCAGCUGCCGGCCGCUGCCAGUACUACAGACGAGACGUUCUGGACGUCUGCCUACGAGCAGGUGCCCGGGGGCACCGACAACGACCACCCCAGCUUCCUGAAGAACCUCUCUGUGGGUAUGUACCAGUGUGGCAAGGCGCUGAGCCUGCUGCGACUGUGUGACUCGGGACACCCGCUGGUGCAGCCGCCGGCCGAUCUCCGAGUCCGGCUGGCCUUCAGUCUGACCGAGCUGGGGGAGAUUGAACACCAGGUGGUCAGUUACGAGGCGGCGAUGCAGUGUCACGUGGCCAACACUCUGUCUCGUCAGCUGUCUGAGCAGCGUCACCAGGAGCAGGAGCUGGAGCGGUCGGCCGGCCGGCGGCGCCAGUCGGCCAUCAGCUCCAUACAGGAGACGAUGCUGGCGCAGCGGCGGCGGCGCGCCGACCAGAAGCGGCUGCUGCUGGAGGAGCAGCUGCAGGACGUGGAGCGCAGCCGACAGCUGCAGCGGCAGCUGCGGCUGCGGGACCGGCUGGAAACGGAGAGGGCAGAGGGCGAGAGGAGGCUGGACGAGAUCACCGCCCUGAGGAGAGAGAACGAGACGAGGUUGGCGCGUCUGCAGCGUCUCACCACGCCAGAACAACUGGCGGAGAUGAGACGUCAUCUGAAGCUGGAUGAAGCAGAGAAGGAUAAAACUGCCCUGACCUCCACCGCCGCCGGCACCGGCAAAGGAACUGACGAAGCCACCACCGCAGCCGACACCUCCGAACCGAUGGUGACCAGCGCCGAUCCGAGCCCCGACACGGAGACGGCGCCGACCGCGUCUCCCUCGGCGUCUCCCUCUGCGUCUCCCUCGGCGGAGACAACGACAGCGGCGUCUCCGAGCGGCGAGCCGACCUCUGAGAGCAGCUGUACGGACAGAACGGCCACAGGAGACACUGCUAACGACAUCACAGAGAGGGUCCUGGACGGGGGCGCUAGCGAGGAGCGCACAGUGGACACAGUGGAUAACGUGAAGGUGAAUAAAUCCACUCCGGGAGUCGCUGGUGAGACGAGUGGCAACGAAAUCAAAACGACAGAGGUGAUUGAUAACAAACCAGGAGUUGACACGGAGGGAAACACAGACAACAGGACCAGUGAUUCAACUAGCGACACCAUCACAAGAGCUGAUGACGCCUCCAACGCGAAUGUCGCCCCGCUCUCGCCUGAUGAGAACGCCAACGCUUCGAGCGACACGCUCACCACGGCUUCCCACGCGUCCGCCCUGGCCCGGACGGGUUCUGACGUCACACAGGCGACGUCUGACGUCACCCUGGCGGCGUCUGACGUCAUCAGGGACACAGUGGACUCGUCUCCGUCCCGCGCGGCGCUGGCGGAGCGCAGGAGACUGAUCCGGCGCAGAGCGCUGGGCGAGGAUGGAGGCGUGGGUGGCGCCGGCACCGAGCCCGUCCUGGUGGAUCAGAUCGGUGGAGAGGUGCUGCGGCGUCGUGGCCGCAACAUCCACGGCCAUGCCACGGACUCUGUCAUCGAGCGACUUUUGUACCGCGGCGGCAGUGGCGCGGGCGCGGCGAGCGGCGGCGCGGCGGCGGCCAAAAGUGACGCGCCGGUGCCAACUCCCGGCCGCCGCCGACGGGUCACCCCCAGGACAGAGCACACGGUGGUGCGCUUCCAGCCACCCGACUUCACUGUACCCAUGCUGCCACCGUCCGCGGCCGGGGGCGGCCACUCGACGGGAGAGGAGCGGAUGGAGAGAGGGGCGGAGGAGCGGGAGAGAGGAGAGGAGGAGAGCCGACCUGAGCUGGGCGGCAGCAACCAGUUUACUCUGGCCGGAUCUCUGCAGCACUCGGUGGCGCUGCUGCUCAAUGCACAGCUGUCUCUGGUGAACGCGGCGCUGUUGAACCACCUGCUGGUCGACCUGUCUCUGAUGGAGCACCUGGUCACCCUGCGCCGAUUCCUGCUGCUGGCUGACGGGGAAUUCGGCUCCCGGCUCUGCAGUCAGCUCUUCCACCUGGUGGGCACCGUGCGAACGCCACACCAGCUGCUGAGCCCCGCUACACUCAACUCGGUGCUCAGUGAGGCGCUGAGCGCUUCUGUCUGGGGCGACCACCCGCUCACCGAACGACUCAGCUUCGUGGCGAACGAGGUGCCCGACGUGCUGGACAGAUCCUCUCCGUCAGUACUCACCUGUCUGGACAUGGAGUACCGGGCCGGCUGGCCCCACUGCCUGGUACUCACCGACCAGUGUCUGGCCCGCUACAAGGCCAUCUUCCAUCUGUUCCUGCAGCUGCGACGAGCCGUCUGGGCGCUGGAGCGCGCUUUCAGCCUUCUGAAGGCGGCAGGUGAGCUGUCUCCGUCGGGCGCCGGCGGCGGGCCGCAGGUUCAGCGCCUGCAGCUGUGCCGGCACGAGAUGCAGCACUUUGUGCUGGCGCUGCAGGGCUACCUGACCGGGCAGGUGCUGCAGGUCAGCUGGGCCGAGCUGCGCCGGGAGCUGCUGGUCAGCGUGCACACGCUGGACGAGCUGCGGGCGGCGCACGUCGGCUACAUCAGACACGCCGCCAGACGGUGGGUGCAGUCGGGGGUGUUGGGGUUAUGGGCACGCCAAGGGGAUGCGGUCAGCGUGAGGAGGUGA